AUGACUCGACAUACAGCUGCGACAGAAAACACAGCGUCUUCGUCAAAUGCGGAUACAGCGUGGGAAGGGUCCCGACCUGUGGAAGCCGACAAUGCGAUCAAGACGCCUUCCGAAGUUCGCUGGAGAGAUCUACCUAAUAAAGACCAGCUCUUCAUACUAGCCCUCUGUCGACUAUCCGAACCCUUAUCCAACGUCUGCCUCCUUCCCUACAUUUUCUACCUCGUCCGCUCCGUGCUGCCCACCUCGGAAGACGAAACUUCGACCGAAAACCCAGCCGCCCGCAUAUCCGAGUACUCAGGGGUUCUCGUGGCAGCGUUUCCGCUGGCGCAGUGCAUUAUUAGUCUCCCAUGGGGUCGCUUGUCCGACAAGCACGGGAGGAGAUACUCCAUCCUAGGAGGGCUCUUCAUCUCCGUGAUCGCGAACAUCGGGUUCGGGCUAUCCAGAUCUUUCGGUGCGCUGUUGUUCUGGCGGAUACUCGCGGGUCUCGCCAAUGGCAAUGUGAGCAUCAUGCGGACGGUGACGGCCGAGGUCGUCAGGGAGCGGAAAUACCAAACCAAGGCGUUCCUCCUGCUCCCGCUCGUGUUCAAUUCAGGGAUGGUGUUGAGUCUGGCCUUGGGCGGCUGUCUCGCGGAGCCCGUAGUGAAUCUGCCGGCAUUGUUUGGCCCCGAAGGUAUCUUCAACGCAAGUGGCAACCCUGGUGGCGUAAUAUGGGCCCUGGAGUACCCGUACGCGCUACCGGCACUAUUGAACGCAUUCUUUUUGUGCACGGCGCUUCUUCUCGCUAUCCUGGGCCUGAAAGAGACCCUUCCCGGAAAAGAAGAACAUAAUGACUGGGGUCUUCGGGUCGGAUCUGUAAUUGGACGAUUUGUGACGCGUUUAUGGAAUAGGGGUCUGGACUAUCAUCAAUAUGAUAUGAUGCAAGAUACGGAGGAUGGUAUGUUCUUGAACGAAAACCAGCCUAAAUCCGAAAAGAUAGAGUCGUCAGUCGCUAUAACCGAUCCUGUGAAGAUGCCUUUUCGCAAUAUCUGGACACGAAAGGUCAUCUCGGCGCUUGUAUCAUUUGGCCUCUUGCCACUGCACAACUCAGCAUUCAUGCAUAUAUUCCCAGUAUACCUGAGCAGUCCCCCGGCAGAUAACACCGAGGCCACAAUCUUCGCAUUCUCCGGCGGUCUCGGGCUGCGAUCUGCGACCAUCGGAGUAUGGCUCGCUGCCUUCGGCAUAGGCGGCAUCCUUCUACAGCUCUUCAUCUACCCACGUCUUCAGAAGCGCAUCGGUACUAAGGGGGUGUUCCGCAUCGCGCUGUUCCUUUUCCCGGUGACUUACCUCGCAGCACCCUAUCUUUCGCUUCUGGCUGGGGAUCACGCGGCGAGGUGGGUGUUCCUGGGGUUCAUUGUCUGCGCGCAGAUCAUGGCUCGCACGAUGGCUAUUCCUAGCACGGUGAUCUUGCUUACUGAGGCUGCUCCGGCUCGGACGGUGCUGGGAACUAUUCAUGGGGCGGGAAAUAUGCUGGCUAGUCUUGCCCGCGCAGUUGGGCCGGCUGUUGGAGGGUAUGUGUUUGCCCUUGGGGUAGAAGAGGGGGUGAUUGGGCUUGUAUGGUGGUUGUUUUUGGUCGGCGUUUCCCUGUGUGCCUUGGCUUAA